UUGAGAACAACUCAUUACCCAAAAAAAAGGAAAUACAAGAAACAGAGACAAAACAAACAUGGUUGUACAGAGUCAAAACAACAACAAUGUUCAUGUCUUAGUUCUCCCAUACCCAGCACAAGGUCACAUAAGUCCACUAAUUCAAUUCGCUAAGCGAUUAGUCUCAAAAUCCAUUAAAACCACAUUCGCCACAACCCACUACACCGUUAAAUCCAUAACCGCCCCAAACAUAGCCGUCGAACCUAUCUCAGAUGGGUUCGACGAAUCUGGCUUUUCACAAGCCAAAAACGUUGAAUUGUUUCUAAAUUCAUUCAAAACCAAUGGCUCAAAAACACUCUCUCACCUCAUUGAAAAACAUGAAAAAACAACCACACCUAUCACGUGCAUUGUUUAUGAUUCUUUUCUACCUUGGGCUCUUGAUGUUGCUAAACAACAUGGGAUUUAUGGUGCUGCUUUUUUCACUAAUUCAGCUGCUGUUUGUAACAUUUUUUGUCGUAUACAUCGAGGAUUGCUUGAAAUUCCGGUGGAAGUUAAUGAUGACUCACCUUUGUUUGUUCCCGGUAUUCCACCUUUGUAUUGUAGAGAUCUUCCGAGUUUUUUAAGGUUUCCACAAAGUUACCCUGCUUAUAUGGCUAUGAAGUUGAAUCAAUUCUCUAAUUUGAAUCAGGCUGAUUGGAUGUUUAUCAACACUUUUGAAGCAUUGGAAGAGAAGGUGGUGAAGGGCCUAAUUGAAUUGUUUCCUGCUAAGUUAAUUGGUCCAAUGGUUCCUUCUGCUUACUUAGAUGGAAGGAUUAAAGGAGACAAAGGUUAUGGAGCAAGUUUAUGGAAGCCUUUAAGUGAAGAUUGCAUCAAUUGGUUAGAAACAAAAUCAUCUCAAUCAGUUGUGUAUAUCUCCUUUGGAAGCAUGGUUUCUUUGACAUCAAAACAAAUUGAAGAAGUAGCUUAUGGAUUAAAAGAGAGUGGUGUGAAUUUCUUGUGGGUUUUAAGAGAAUCUGAGCAAGGAAAAUUACCAAAUGGGUACAAAGAUUCAACAAAAGAAAAGGGUUUAAUUGUAACAUGGUGUAACCAACUUGAAUUAUUGGCUCACAAAGCUAUUGGUUGUUUUGUGACACAUUGUGGUUGGAAUUCAACACUUGAGAGUCUUAGUCUUGGUGUUCCUGUUGUGUGUUUGCCACAAUGGGCUGAUCAAUUGCCUGAUGCAAAGUUUUUGGAUGAGAUUUGGGAUGUGAGGCCAAAAGAGGAUGAUGAAGGUGUUGUGAAGAGAGAAGAGUUUGUUAAGAGUUUGAAGGUUGUAAUGGAGGGUGAAAGAAGUGAAGUGAUUAGAAGGAAUGCUUGUAAAUGGAAGAAGUUGGCUAGGGAUGCUGUUAGUGAAAGAGGUAGUUCUGAUAAGAACAUUGAUGAAUUUGUGGAUCAUUUGAUUAAUAAUGAUAAGAGUGGAAAUUUGAAGGAAUACUAAAAUGGUCAUUUUCAUUAAUGAAUAACAGUGAUUUGUUAGAUUUAGUUAUGAAUAAAGCAGAGAGAUGACCAUUUUUAACCUUUUAUAUGUUUCUAAAAAAUCAAAAUCUUGUUCGGAAGCAUAUAUCCUAAGGACAAAAUAACUCAUCUUUUAGUUUAGAAAUGCACAUUUGAAGAAUAAAAAAGUUGUAAUUUUUGAAAAUGUGUAUUUUCAAAGUAUAUGUGUGAGUGAGAAAUGGAUUUUAGCAUAUGUAUUUUAGUUUAGAGAUGGAUUUUAGUUUUUUAUAUGUAUUUUUAUUUUGAGAGCCCAAUUGUUUUUCUUUAUUAUACCAUUAUGCAUUGUUAAGCUAAAAACAUUGAUGAAUUUGUGGAUUAUUUGAUGAACAA